UACAAUUUAAAACAUUUUAGUAACAAUUCAAUCAAUAAAAGUUCAAAGUAAAAGUUGAAAUCAUUGACCCUCGUGUGAUCGAAUUCCAUUGCUAGAUAUCGCCGUCUUUCUUGACUUGAAAUUGCAAACAACGCCGCCUAAAACCUCAUAUAAAAACCUCAAGCCAACGAGUUCAAUCCAAUCUCGGCAUCUCACCCACCACCUUCUGCAGAUAGAAAAAAAUGGAAGCAUUUCCGAUUCAGUUCUGCCGAGCCGUGAGAUCCUACUGGCUUCGCCGACGCUAUGGGCGGCUCGAAAGAAGCAACAAGAAGACCGUGAAGGUCGCCCGGCUUGGUGGCGACACCGGUUUUCGCCGACCGGUCAGGCUCCGGCGGGUCUUCCGGAUCCGGUUUAAGAUGCUCUCGCCGGUCCGCUUACUGACGAGGCUCCGGGACGCUUACGUGGACGCCAUGCUUGGGCUGGCCGGAAAGGGGUCGAGCCUGUCCACCUCGACCGGAGCAGAGGCUCUCCUGAAUCGGCGGAUUCCGAAGGCCCGACAAGGGAAGCUUGAACCGGGUUAUUUCGAGCGCCGGUUGCUGCUUGAGAUCUGCCGGUCCAUCCGGGACUCCGGGGUGUUGGCCGUUGAUCGAAAGGACGAAAUCGUUGGGAGCUGAUAAGGUCCUCCGAACAGCGGCCCUUCGUUUCCUGGGGGCACAAUCGGUUUUACCUUUUGUUUGUUUGUUUUUUUUUAUUUUUUUUCUUUUUUGUCUCUGCUUUGUUGGGUAAAUAUGUAAAUUUAUUUCUCCUUGUUUUAUCAACAAACAAUGUAUGAUAAUAUAUUUUAAUAUGAUUGGACGACGGACGACGGACGACGGACGACAAUAAUUUUUCUGGGAUACCGGGUACACUUCCUCCGUGUUAAGCAAUUGAGAGGAUUUUAUUAGAUUUUUUUUUAUGCACCUUUUCAUUAUUGAAUCGAGUAUUUUGGA